UUCUUGAGAGCUGCAUACUGGCCUUAUGCUAUGGCAACAUUUUUAUCAGCUGAUCGUUAACCGCUGAUUGAAAAAAGUCUAUUUACCAUUGUGCAAUUAAAAAUAAAUAAAUUAUGCUGCGACUCGAGGCAAAAACAUUUGUAAAACACAGCGUUUCAACAAAAUUAAUUGCAAAUCCAUUUGGGAAGCUGCCUACGUCAAACACGUUCUCUUUGGUUCAUCGAAAAUGGCAAUCGACUGGUGGGACUGGCACCGCUACCAUGCGGAUUGAUAGCAAGAAGAAAAUAACACCUCUUGGCUGGUUCCUCUUGCUUGUCCCAGUGUCUACAUUUGGUCUAGGGUGCUGGCAAGUGAAACGCAAAGCAUGGAAAGAGCAAUUAAUCAGGAACUUGGAGCUUCAAACCAAAAUGUCACCAGUACCACUACCCACAGACUUUAGCGAGGUGUCUGCUAUGGAGUAUCGGUUGGUUGCUGUGCGUGGAAAAUUUAUACAUAAUAAGGAACUUAUUAUGGGACCUCGUUCAUUCAUACGCCCGGAUGGAAGUGAAACCGCUGGAGGCUUAUUUUCACAACGUGAUAUCGGCAAUGGCUAUCUUGUGAUAACGCCGUUUAAACUGGCAGAUAGAGAUGAAGUAAUUUUGAUUAAUCGUGGUUGGGUGUCAAGAAAACAAGUCAAACCCGAAACACGAGCCCAAGGACAAAUAGAAACUGAAGUAGAGUUGACUGGCAUAGUGCGAAUGGGGGAAAGUCGUCCACAAUUUUCCCCCGACCACAAAGGAGGUGUUUUCCUCUACAGGGACUUACCGAAAAUGUGUGCAUUAACCGGAGCAGUACCAAUUAUAUUAGAUGCUACAUACGAGUCAUCUAUUCCAGGUGGACCCAUAGGUGGCCAGACACGUGUCACAAUGCGUAAUGAGCACUUGUCAUACCUGCUAACGUGGUUCAGUUUAUCAGCCAUUACCUCCUACCUUUGGUAUCGUCAAAUCUUUAGGAGGAUUCCAUAGUUAAAGUCACGAAAUUCAAAUGUUUUAUUAACAAAAGUAGAUUAUAUGCUUGAAGUACGCUUUUAUUUAAAAUAAAAAGACGACUUGUUUUUACGUACAUGUUUUUGUGAUUUCAUACAUAUUUGAACGAAUGUAAUCGUGUAAAGUUCGUAUAUACAAUGUGCUUGAAUAUUUGUUUAAAUGUAUGUUUUGUAAUUAGAAGUUUUAGUAAAUUGCAUUGACGUAUACAUAUGUAAGUACUAUUGGGAGG